AUGGAAAUAGAAGGUAUACGAAAUAUUGAUUUAGAAGAAAUUGAUGAUGAUUUUAUAAGCGAUGAUGAAGGUUAUGUACGAGCUCCAAAAAGAUACAUAAGAGACUGGAUCAAUCCGUUUGACAUUUACAACAAUCAAGAAUUCAAAAGACGUUUCCGAUUUAAUAAAGAUUCUAUUCUACAUGGAAUUUUACCUCUAAUAGAAAAUGAACUUAUAUGUCAAAAUAACCGUGGUCUUCCCAUUUCUCCAUUGUAUCAAUUGCUAAUUUGUCUACGAUUUUAUGCAACAGGAAGUUUUCAACAAGUACUUGGAGAUACCAUAAUUGUCUCACAGCCAACUGUUUCAAGAACAGUUUUUCGAGUAUCUUUACUUUUAGCAAGACACUUAAACCGAUUUGUAAAAAUGCCUUCUUUGCCAGAUGCCAUACGAGAGAAUCAAAGACUUUUUAAAGAUAUCGGAUGUGGUAAUAGAGGUAUUGGUUUACCUGGCAUUGAAGGAGCAAUUGAUUGCACGCAUAUACGCUUAACUGGUACAAGAUUCUAUAACAUAGAAGAAAUUUAUAGAAAUCGAAAAGGAUAUUUUUCA